CAGUCUUGAGUCGACGCUCGUGGACAGCACAUCAGCAUUCGAUAUACAGACGAGGAUAUAGUCAGGAUGUUGGUGAAAGCCUUGGGCUACGGCUAUUGCCUGGCCUAUGUGCUGGCUCUCGUUAGCUGGCCGGGCAGUGCCUAUCCCACCAAUAGCUAUCGGGAUUUGGACAUAUGCAAUCACUGGAAUGGCCGGCGACACUUCCUGGAGCUGGGCGAGCGAGGCGAGCUGCAUGCGCGGAACGUGAGCAAUACGGCUUACCGGAGCUCACCUCUGAGCCUCAAGAGUGACUUGACGGGCGUGGACGUGUGGUACCAGUGCAAUCUGGAGCUGGUCACCUGUGCCGAGUGUGUGAUCCGGGUUACGUUCACCCAUGCCAACUUCUCCAAGAGCUGCAGCAACACGAACACCAAUAUGUGUCCUUGCGAGCACAUACAGUUCUCGGAGCCGCCCUACGACACCACCAUCUCCGGGCAGGAGUUCUGCGGCGAUGGCAAGGUGUUUCGCAGCAAAACGAGAACGCUGCAGCUCAAGUUCUUCUACAGAGCCACCAAUGCCCAUGUGUUCUCCCUGCAGUACUUCUCAGAGCGCAAUGUCAAGAUUGUCAGCGGCUCACCCAAGCAGUCCAUUGUGGGCAAUGGCAAUGCGAAGUACUUGCCACAGGUCAUCUCGACGCCCUAUUUCCCCAUGGCCUAUCCGCGCGACUAUGGCAUCGAGCACAUACUCACCUGCGAGGCGGACAAUUGCCAGGUGCGUCUGGACUUUACAGACUUUCAGCUGGGUCUCGCCUCGACGCUGGAGAUCUUUGACUCGAAUGGCCAAAUGCUGGACUCCUACACGGGCGAGCACUUUCGUCCGCCGAUUACAGUGAGCAGCGGGAAGUCCUUGCUGCUGCAGUUUCGUGGCAAUUCCGCGUCGGGCGUGGGCUUUCGCGCCGAGGUCAGCUUUGUCUCCUCCAAGCAGCUUAAGGACGAGCGUCUGGUGCCCUACACUGAUUGUGGUGGCAUGGUAACUGGACCUGGAGGCGCCAUAACCAUGAUGAACAUGAUUGAAAAUGCCACAGAUGUGCGGCUGUUCGACUGCAUCUGGAUCAUCAAGCCGGGCAACAACUACAUGAUGAUGAAGACGCACAUCUCAUUGCGUGUGGAUGACUUUUAUGGGAUGGCGGCGCGAUCGGAGCUGACUAUUAGACAGGGCACCACAUCCGAUGCGACGGAAAUCGAGAACGUAAUGUGGCCGAAUAAUGGGCUCAGCAAGGAGAAUCAUAUAGCGCCCAUAUUGACGGGCUACUAUAUACGACUGCGCGGGGUGUUCGGCAUGUCCUCCAAGCUGGCCAUCGUCUACAGCGUCUUCAAUUAUUUGAAUUGCUAUAUUGGCUCGGAGUUUCUGUGCGGGAAUAAUCACUGCAUUUCCAUACGUCUGCACUGCGAUGGCUUCGAUCACUGCGGCGAUGGCAGCGAUGAGCCCGACUCCUGUGAGGAGGACUGGGCGCACUUGCAUCACGACCGCCGCUGGUACUCACACAAGCCCAACUACUACUUCCCCAAGAUCGAUCAGUAUCCGGACUUGAAGACAGCCACGGGCAUAUUCAUCAUUAGCACUCUGGGCAUCUUUGGCGUGCUGUCCGGCUGGAUGGUGAUACUCUAUCGCAUGGGCGUACGGGCGCGUCAUCAGCGCGAGCUGCAAAGCCAUUUGCAGACGAUCAGUGAGCUGCUGGAUCGCCAGGACGAGGACCGGCCGCCGGAUGAGCCGCCCAGCUAUGAGGCGCCGCCCGACUACGAGGAGGUCAUCAAGGUGGGCAUGCAGCAGGAGUUGCGGGAGCCGCGACGCCAGCGCCGACGCCGGCCAAGGGAGCGGGGCUGCAGCCGGGCGCCGAGUAACUGCACCAUGCAAUCGAUGGUGCCGCUGCAUCGCAGCUGCAGCCUGGAACAGGAUCAGCCCAGCACCUCGGCGGCAGCGAUGACACGUGCCGUCGCCUCCACCGAUACCACACAGGAUGCAACACAGUUGGAGCAGCAGCAGCAGCAGCAACAGUUGCUAUCACAGCGCAUGCUGCUGGCCACAGCCAUUUGUGGCGCUGCAAGCACGUCUGGCACGGCGUCGCCCGCAAUCCUCAGUGCGCCGCAGCAAUCCGUGGGGCAUGCAGCGUGCCCGCCAUCGCUAUCCGUUGGGCGUGAACUAUCCGCAGCCGCUGGAGCGACCACGCCCACCAACAACAGUGCAACGGACGACUGUACCGACGCCUUUCGAGACAAUUCACUCAAUAUAUCACUCACUCUAGGGCUGCCCAGCUCGACCACCAACCAGAGCCUGAGCAGCAACUGCACCGAGCAUACGUACCUGAAGCGCUCCUGGCUGCUGGUCCAGCAGCCGCCGCAUGGCCAGCGCUGUCGGGUGCAGCGACUGCGCCACACCUUCUCCUCACCCGAAGCCUUUGGCGCCCAUGAGCCGAAUCUGAAUCUGCCCUAUCCGGACUUCCUCAGCUACGGCACGAACAUGCCGCACGAGCGCAGCAGCAGCAACUUUGGCUCCGAGCUCUCCAGAGAUCCCUCCAGCUACAGCUUUGGCAAGCGGGCGCGACUCGCGGCAGCCGAGCAGAGCGAUUGCCAUACCUUGACUCCGCUGCCGACGCCAACGACGACGCCGACGCCAACGCCAACGGCGACGCCAAGUGGUAACUUGGAGUGCUCAGUGCAAACGCUGCAGUCGCAGAUGACGCUGUCUCAGCGCGAUUUGCUGAGCGACAGCGAGGCGGAGCAGCAGGUGUCCUGCUUUGGAGCCGUCUCGCAACGACCCAAGCGGCGACGCGUGCGCAGUCGCUCUUUCAGCAGCAGCGGGCGACCGGGCAGCGGAUCAAAGCGACGUCUACGGCAGCGCAGCUCUUCGGCAGAUUUACUGAUCUACGCCAACUUGGAGAGGGAUAGGGAGGAAGGUAAAGCUAUACAGCGAUUGUUUUUUAUAUGAAGUGAGAUUGAAACGAAAGAGAGAGAGGGAAGGUGCAGUG